UGAGAGUGAGAGAGAGAGAGAGAGAAGGAGAGAGAGAGAGAGAUGGCGUUGAAGCUUGGUCUGUGGGAUGUGGUUCCAUUUGCAGUGAUGGUGAUGGUGGAAUGCGCCGAAGUGGGUAUAACCACACUAAGCAAAGCAGCCAUGUUAAGAGGGAUGAACCACUUCGUCUUCAUCGUCUAUUAUAAUGCACUCGGCACCCUCAUCCUUCUUCCUUCUUUCCUCCUCCGCAGAAACAAGCGACCUCCUCUCACCUUCUCCAUCCUCUGUAGAUUCUUCCUCCUGGGUCUCAUCGGGAUAUGUUUGAGACAGAUCUGUGCUUUCAGUGGUAUCAGUUUGAGUUCUCCGACUCUUGCAUCGGCGUUGGGAAAUCUCAUCCCUGCUUUCACUUUCGUUCUUGCCGUCAUUUUCAGGAUGGAAAGGGUAGAUUUGAGAAGGGGAAGCAGCCAAGCAAGAGUGAUGGGGACCAUAGCAUCUGUAGGAGGAGCAUUCAUAGUGACUCUGUACAAGGGACCACCAAUGAUGAUGAUGAUGAUGAUCAAUAGGACACCUGCAGCAGCUUCGGACCCAUCUGAUCACCUCCUGAAUCUUCACUAUUUCUCAGAGCCAACCUCAGCUAAUUGGGUCCUUGGAGGCUUUUUCAUGGUACUCACUUGUAUCUUCUCUGCACUUUGGAAUAUACUUCAGACAGCAACUGUGAAGGAGUACAGAGACGAGACCACCAUAGUAUUUUUCUACUGCUUAUUUGGGACCAUUCAAUGUGCGGUGGUGACUCUUUUCAUAGAAAGGGACAUUAAUGCUUGGAUACUCCGGACCCGUAUUGAGUUAAUAGCUAUUCUCUAUUCAGCUAUAAUCGGGGGAGUAGUGACAAGUGGAGUACUGACAUGGUGCUUACGCAUGAAAGGGCCAAUAUAUGUGGCCAUGUACAAGCCCUUGGGAAUCGUUAUUGCAGUUAUCAUGAGUGUCAUCUUCCUUGGUGAUGUUCUUCAUAUUGGAAGUGUGAUUGGAGCAGUAAUCAUAGUUCUUGGAUUUUAUGCUGUGAUGUGGGGACAAGCCAAAGAAGAGAGAUUGGUUACUGGUGAGGACAGAGGUGUUUCAGACUCUGGAGUAUCCACUCUAAAGGACCCUCUCUUGCCAAGUUAGAUGGAAACCCUGUAAGAGAAUUUGUAU